AAUGCCUGCGGAUGCACCGCCCGCCGAAUAUAUGACGCCUCCGUUUUCCACAUUUCUGGUCUGUCCUCUCUCUCUCUCUCUCCUCAAUCCCAAACUGCUAUUCUUCUUCGACGCGUUCGAAAAGCUCUCUGAUUCUUCGUUGACUCUUAAUUCUUAUCAAUGGAGUCAUCGAUGAACGGCGAAUUGCAGCUGGAGCCGUCGGAAGUGCGGAAUCCUAGUGAUUCUGAUCCUCUACUUAAGAAUUAUGAGGCGAAAUCGUUGUCUGCUAGCCCAAGCGAGAUAGCACAUGAAGAUGCUGAAGCUGGUUCGCUCCCUUGCUGUCGCAUUUGCCUCGAGUGUGACGGCGAAGAAGAUGAUGAAUUGAUAUCUCCAUGCAUGUGCAAAGGCACCCAGCAGUUUGUUCACCGGUCAUGCCUUGAUCAUUGGCGUUCUGUUAAGGAAGGAUUUGCUUUCUCUCAUUGUACAACAUGCAAAGCUCAAUUCCAUCUUCAAGUUGAAUUGUUUGAGGACAAUGCCUGGCGCAAAAUAAAAUUCAGAGUUUUUGUCGCAAGGGAUGUUUUCCUUGUAUUUUUGGCUGUACAAAGUUUAAUUGCUGCAUUGGGUGGCUUGGCAUACUUUAUGGACAAAGAUGGGGCAUUUAGGAAUUCGUUCAGUGAUGACUGGGAUCGUAUACUAUCAAAGCAUCCAAUACCUUUCUACUAUUGUAUAGGAGUGUUGACCUUCUUUGUGCUGCUUGGGUUUUCCGGGCUGAUACUACAUUGCUUCUCCCUUAAUAGCAAUGACCCACGCAUGGCUGGCUGCCAGAAUUGCUGUUAUGGAUGGGGUAUCUUGGAUUGUUUUCCUGCAUCAAUGGAAGCAUGCUUUGCACUAUUCAUUGUUUUUGUUGUCAUCUUUGCCAUUCUUGGCAUUGCCUAUGGUUUUCUUGCUUCCACCAUGGCCAUUCAGAGGAUCUGGCAGAGACACUACCACAUCCUCACAAAGAAGGAGCUAACAAAGGAGUACAUAGUGGAGGAUCUUUGUGGGUGUUAUAGCCCACCAAAACUGGAUCCAGAACAUGAGGAGCGUCUCAAAAUGCUCAAGUUAUUAUGAGGACUGGGUGAAGAGGGGAACUUGUAAGAUAUCUUAUGGAGUAUUUUAUCUCUUGAGAUGUGAAUGAAUGUCAGAAAUUGCUGAAGCCUGUUGUUGUAAGGGAUGAAAUGAUAAAGUGUAUUGCAUGUAUCGUGAAUAUUUCUUUGAAUUGCUUGGUAUAUACCUACAUACUAAAGCUACAAUGUAUAUUAUUUUGCAAAUUUGUUUCCUCCA